AUGUUCAUUUAUCAAGGCAAAUUCAACUGGGGCCAGUGGGCUCAAGAUGAGACAGCCGUGAUCAUCCUACCAUCCAGGCCAAUCCGUACUGGUGAUAUUGUCUGGGUUCUUUCUCAAUGGACUAAAGGUCACCCCGGGUUGCAAACUGAGAAGCUCAACCUGGCCCAGAGACUUCCCGUUCACCAGGUCUCUAAAACAAAGAAAGGUGACGAUAACUUCACCCCCGAGCCUGUUUACUUCAAUUGGGAGAUGACAUCUAGUGAUGGAUAUGAGAAGCUCCAUCUUGUUAUCUCUCGUGACGGGGACAAGAGCGAGAUGGAGUUUAAUCGGAUCUGGCAGCCAGAGGGAGAGUGGCUGAGGGAAUGCGGCCGUCUUUGGUUGGGUAAGAUCAAUUGGACCACGCUUGCGACUAAUGAGUUCUGCCUAUUUAUCGUCCCUCAGGGCUUCGGUGAAGGACGCCCUGUGCAUGCAAUGUGGCAAUGGACUAAAGACAGCGAUGGCAAGGAAAAAGUGUCAAACUUCCACUCUUCACAGCAGAAGAUUGCUUCUCAUGACGACAACGGUGUUUGGUUCUCUUUUUACGCCGGCUAUGAAGUCACGUGCAACUGGAACAAGAAAACCGAUGUCCUUACCGUACAUAUGAAGGGACAAGAGGCGGACGGUGAUCUAGGCGAGUACAAGCUCCUGGCAGUUACCAACCCUCACACCCAUGAAUGGGAUGCCCCGCUCCCUCCCCCUCAAAAUGCCGAACUCCAAGUCCGCCUGCCCCAGCCUGGGCCCUCACUCCCUCGUGUCCUCGAACCUCUUCCUUUUCCCAUCGGAAUCAUCGAGAACUUGAAGCAUGCGGUCGCCUACGCCGAUCAAGCUGGAUACCUUGUUAACUACGCCCAUGAGCGAUUCAAUCAAUUGGACACUAAUUUCCAUCUUCGAGGCGAGGUGAUUGAGGAGCGCAACGCUGCAAUUGCCGAACUCAAACGAGAGGUCAAAAAGCUCGGAGAUGACAUCACUGUUGAGAAGGCCAAGGUUAGCGACUUGACCAAGAGACUUGACGAAGCCCGAGCUACCUACGAAGCCAAGUUGAAGGACAAAGACGAGGAAAUCAAGAAAGACGAGGACCAGAUCAAGAAAGACAAGGGGCAUGAUAUUGACGACCACAAGACCAUUGACAGACUGGCAGCCCAACUUGAAUACGAACGAGCUUCGAAGGCAGAGGUGCAGAAGAACCUUGACCAGACCAAAACAGCACUUGCUGCGGCAGAGGCUAGUUUGGCUACUGCUAGCGCUACUAUCGCGAGUCUCACCACCCGCGUUGCCUCACUUGAAGCUGAGCUCGAAGUUGAGAAGAAGGAUAUUGACAAGUUGCAGAAGGAGACUAAGGACAAAACAGCCAUAAUCUCGCAGCUCGAGAAGAACAACGCUGAUCUACAGUCCAAGCUGAACGGAGCCCUCCAAGAUGUCAGGAACAAGCAAGACCAGAUCAACGCCAAGGACUCAACCAUUCGUGAUCAAUCUACUAGAAUUGACAACCUUACCAAGGAAUCCAAUGCAAAGUCGAUCACGAUCAACAAUCUGCAGUCGCAGAUCAAUAACCUACAGCAGCAGAUCCGAAAUCUACAGUCAAUCCCAAUCUUCAAGUUCAAGUGCAACAUCAAGUGCCAAGCGCCUAGCAACAGGGAGAUCGCGGUUGAUCUGACUGACGGAGGAGGAUCGGGUACGCCUGUUCAAUGCUACUCCUUGGUGAACAAUAACAAUCAGACCUGGGACAUAUAUUCUAUUGGUGGUCGCAACAAUGUCGUAAUCAUCAAGAACACGCGCAACAACUAUGUUCUCUGGUCUGCUGGACGUAACCAAAAGGCUCGAUGCGAUCCAGGUAGAGACACAUCGGACCAGGCAGCGCAAUGGGAACUAGAGGGUACGACCGUUGACUCGAUCAACAACAACACCGUGUUCAAAAUCCGAAACCUGAAGGACGGCAUGUAUCUCGAUUUGCGGCAGGGCGACACCUCGAACUACACGCCUUUCAUGACCUGGGAUGGCAAUAACGGAUCGAACCAGAAGUUCAAGAUCUCGAAGCACUAG